GUGUCCGGGAAAGUGGCAACACGGUGCGUUGUGAGUAGCCUGCGUAGCCUGUCAAAUUUAGAUCGCCCGAUAGAAAAAAAGAAACUGCUAAAGAAUAAUCAAUGUGCAGAUCGGCUCGUUGAGUGGAUUUUUAUGUGAUAGAAGUAAAAGUGAUAAUCGCAGGAUGCAGUUUUACAAGGAGAAAUUGCUGUCACCUGGACAGCUGAAACGGCUAAACGAGCACAAGUACAGCUGUACCAGCGUCAGCUUAAUGGACCCGUUUCUUCAGCCGUGGUGGAACUGGCUCGUUAGCAAAGUUCCACUUUGGCUUGCCCCGAAUGCGAUAACUGUCCUUGGCCUCACCGUAAACAUCUUGACGACUCUGAUCCUAGUCUGGUACAGUCCCGACGCUAAAAUCGAGGCACCGCGAUGGGCAUGCUUAUUGUGUGCAUUGGGCUUAUUUGUUUACCAAAGCCUUGAUGCGAUCGAUGGUAAACAAGCAAGGAGAACUGGAACGCAAAGCCCGCUGGGCGAGCUAUUCGAUCACGGCUGUGACUCCAUCUCAACAGUUUUUGUCGCCUUGUCGGCGUGCAUAGCAGUUCAGUUAGGAUAUUAUCCGACAUGGAUGUUUUUUCAAUGCUUUUGUGCUAUAACACUGUUCUAUUGUGCACACUGGCAAACGUACGUUUCAGGUACGUUGAGGUUUGGGAAAGUGGAUGUCACUGAGGCACAGUUCACCAUCAUCGGAAUCCACAUUAUUUCGGGAAUCUUUGGGCCCAGCAUUUGGAUGACAGAGAUACCAUACAUUGAUGGUUUUGAAUUAAAAUAUUUGAUAGGCGUAAUGACAGUGGUGUGUACAUUGGCAAACUUGUAUUCAAUGUUUUCGGUGAUUUUCACCGGAGGAGUGGGCAAGAAUGGUUCAACCGUGGCUAUUCCCGUGCCUGGAGUUGGCACUGUCUCUAACUUCGUAGCUGUGAUAUUUUAUGCAGGCUACAUUCACGUGUUCGUUGAAUUCUGUAGAGUCUUUGAAUCCGGUGGUGUCGGAAAGAAUGGUUCCACAAUAGCAUUGCCAUACAUUAAUACAGAGGUGAAGGUGUUCCCUCUUUGGGCAGCAGUCGGAAUCGCUGUUUUGCUAGCGCAGAGCAGCGUGUCCGUCAUUCUUGUCGGUGGUGUUGGAAAAAAUGGCUCCACCGUUGCUGGAACCUCGGUAUUAUCUCCGAUCAUCCCAUUCAGUUUUGUUGUGGUCCCAGCAUUCAUAAUAUACAGAAAAAGUGCCGAAAACGUCUAUGAGAAUCACCCUGCAUUGUAUAUACUUGCAUUCGGCAUGGUUGCUGCGAAAGUGACCAACAGACUCGUGGUUGCGCACAUGACGAAAAAUGAAAUGCAAUAUCUGGAUACCGCAUUGAUUGGACCUGCAAUGCUCUUUCUCAAUCAAUACUUCAACUUCUUCAUCAAAGAAUAUUACGUUCUUUGGCUUUGUUUAAUUUGGGUAACUUUGGACUUGCUUCGAUAUUGUUCACAAGUUUGUCUGGAGAUUUGCGAUCACUUAAAGAUCAGGCUAUUCAGGAUACCGACAGGUGGACACCGGAUCGGAACUUCACAGACUUCCACCAUCACCGAGAAAAACGUUCACAUGGUGGUGGAACAAGAACCCCUGUUAGACGAGGAGUAUCACCACGGCUCUGACACCUCCCUCAACCUCUGAUAUUCAGAUUCUAGUUUUGCGAUCACAGUAGGUGAUUGAUGUACUACAAUAACAAUCUCAGGCUGAGAUGUGAUAUUCCGACUAUCCGAAGACAAAUAGUGUAAAUUAGAGAAAGGUGCAGUUGUCAUAAGAACGUUGAAUCUUGUUUGAAAAAAAGUUUAUCUCUGUAUGCGAUGUGAAGCAGUAAUGUUUCAAUAGCGAUGGACAAUUUGUUGCCAAAUUGUGAAAUGCCGUAGUUACAGCUGCGCUUGUCAAUGAUCGAUCUGCAAUUUAAUAGUUUUGGUGUUUUGCUACAUAUGUUUCAUUUGGCAGAGCGUUAGAUUUUUGUUCAAACAAAUGUUUCAUUCAAAAAGUAAUUGAGAAACUCCGGUAAAACGAGCAUGGAAAUAAUUUAUUUUAGAAAAAACAAAUCUAAGGACUUAUAGAUCUGUUUAUAGAUGUGAUAUCGUGUGAACUCGAGAAGAAUUUUAAUCAAUUUGUAGUUGAAAAUUAUUGAGAAUAUGUAGAUCAACGUUAAUAUUUGAACCACGAACAUUGGUAUGUACGGUAUAAUUAAUGUAUCGUUAUUCCGUAGUUUCCUUACUGCAAAAUUGAUCUAUAUACAUUUAUACUUUCGAAUUAGUAGAAUAAACAAAUGCUCACAGAUUGAAAUAAUGUCUCACAAGAAUAUCAAAUAUUGUUACUCAUUAAUUUGAAAUCUAUUCGAUUAGCAAUUUAUGGAAAGCUGGAAUUAUAUUAUUUUGUAAUAACAAUAAGUUACCGAAGCGAUGGAUCGUCGCAAUAACAACUGUUUUUCAUUAACUUUUAUAUUAUAUUAACAAAGCGUUGCUAGAGGAUGUACGAAAAAUUCGGGCUCUAGGUGAGAGACAUACCGAUGUAAAUGAGAGUUACAUCGCUGAAAAUUCCAUAUACCUAGAUGUAUUUAUCGUGUGCCUUAAGACUACUUUCGUAAGGAUUAUCCGAUAGCAAGUCCAGUUUUAUACAGUAGUAAUUAAAUUUUAGUAUCAGGUGCUUGUGUCAUCCAGCUUGUACCCCCCAGCCCCUCAAUUAUAUUAUUAAUUGGAAAUUCAAUACCUAAGAAAUUUGCAUAACAAUGCAUUUACCAAGUUGUACGGCUGGUCUUCGCAAGUAUUACUACAGUAUUCCAGUCUCAUUUGUUAUAGUUCUUUUCUUUCUCUUCGCGUAGCAUGAUGAUAGAAUGUACGGAUAGUCUUCUAUGUACCUAAUGCGAAGUAUUUUGAUUACCCAGUUGAUCAAAAUACUCCAAAAAUUAAUUAUAAAUUGUUCAAUCUAAGUAAACCAGGUGAAAUGAAUGAAAUGUUAUAAAUACAGUUACACCUAUCUACCAUAAUAUAAAAUAUUCGUAUAGGGCCUAAUAUUUUUAGUUUAUAUUUAAAACAUGUAACAAAUUUGUCACAGGGGUCCAGUUUUGGUGUGUAUGUAUUUAAGAUAAUACUUUGAAUAUAUAUAAUAUUUAUGAUGGUCUUUAACUUAGGUUUCGCAUAAUUUUUAUCGUGAAUCAAACCGGUGCUAAAUGGUUCAAAAAUCAUCUUUCUAAAUCUGACCUAUGCACCUUCACCAAGCUUGGAUUUUCCCCAUUCAGGGUCGAUUCUCAUAAAUAAAAGAACAUUUUACGUAAAAAACAAUAUCGUUUUCAUUUCAGAAUUCUAAUUGUUAGUUUUUUUCAAUCAAUUUUGAACUCAUUAUUUUUUAACGACUUGGAAAGGACUCGAAGGACGUUGCGAUAAAUUUUUUAUAAACGCAAGUUAAGGAUCAUCCUAAUGUAGAUGUGCAUAUGGGGUAAUCUGUCGAAACUCAAAUGCCUCCUGACUGACUGAAUCGCCGUCUCUGAUUCGGCCAAAAUUUGUUUUUUUUUAAUCUUCACUACGCAAGAUGAAUGAAAACAUGAAAACCAAUGAGUCGAUUCAAAGACGAUCUAGGUCAGGACUCGUUCAAGUUAAUAUGUAUUUAACUCAAAUAUAAUUGUCACAAGUUGGCCCCAUUUUAUCUGAACUUAAGCAUGAAUGUUAACUAUACCAUUGGGGUAAAUAAAUGUUGUGACCGGUGUAUAAAAAUUAUCGUUUACUAUUUUUAUUUUGUCCGUUUGAAAGAAUUUUUUUUUAAACGCAUGGUAAUAUCUAACACCUUGCGCAUGACGUAACGACAUAUGUUUGUAAAAGCAUGCUAUAUUAAAGUUAACAACCGCUUCUUUUGCAGCUCUGUACCUCCGUUAUUAUUUUCAAUCAACCCCGCGAAUUUUCAAGUACAAUUUUAUUUCCAGAGUAUUCUAAAACUGUCUUUGCUACAAAUCGGAUGAUAGAGAAAAAUGGUGUACCGUAUUAUAUUGGGAUUAUUAAUGGUUGAAUAAUUCCAUCUCAGCUAUUCCAAACCACAUUUUUAAAAAUAUGGUCAAUAUGGAAACACAUUAUGAUUUUUGUUCAUAUUAACCAACUAUGCACUCGUGUUUUUCUCCGUAUAUUUCUGAUUGACAUUAAUAAUCCCUGCGGUAAAUUAUUUUUAAAAAACAUUGUGUAUCAGUUGAAUUUAUUGUUCUCGAAAGCAAUAGCAUACCUAUACUUUUAGCGUCUCAAGUUUAUUAUCCGACACAUAAAUUUUCUGAGUUCCCUGCUAACUUUCUUACCCCCCACUUAGACCUAAAUCUAAUUUACGUCAUUGGUUUAGGCACAUUUUUUGGCAUCUAUCAAAUUUUUCAAUUUCCCAGUUAUAAUUUGCAAUAUGUAAAACUCGCCAAAUUCGCAACGUGAAUUUGCUAGACAUUUUCUGACUCUAUUAUUUAUUUAUUUCUUUUUUGUUGAAAAAUUAAUACCCUCCCGUACUAACGAAUCAUCGCAAUUCUAAGAAAGACGUCUCUUUUCUUGGGAGGUAAAUAGCUUCAUACUUUUUGCUACUUAUGAUACGUACAGAUAAGGUAUUAAGUGAAGAAGCGUUCUCACGUACCAAGCCGGAAUUCGCUAUUGUACGCAAAAUCUAAGAAAAGCUUGUUGCGCACUUAUUGUUUACGGUUUGUUAUGGAUGAUGAACAAGGGUUCCUACGCAUUUUGGAAUAUGAAAUUCCCUGACUUUUCCAGGUAUUACAGCCUGAAUAAAAACUUUCAAUAAAUAUGUCGCUGAUUAAUGACAAUUUUCUUACAUAUUAAUAUUAAUACCUUCAAUAUUACCCAGUAGUUAUUUCACUGUCUGACUAUCAAUUCACAAAUAACAGCCUGUGAUUUUCCGCGAGAAAAAAACGAAUACAGGUUUGGUGCUAAUUAAGUGAAUAUAAAUAAAAUAUAUAAAGUGGUGCGACGAAACGAAAUUUUAAAUGCAAUUUUUUUUUUUUUUUUUAACCCUGCAACUCAUGACCUUAUUUUUCUACCCGCAAACGCAUGAUUGGGGUCCUAACGCACCCCAGGCAUAUUCUUGAUCAUAAAACCGAUCCUAUGCCGAUAAACAGACUUUAUCAUACAUGGUUUUCUUCUUUUUUUCACAUUAAAGAGAAUGGUGUACGAGAAAUCUGAUUUUAUUUACAUUUAGUUAAUGAAAAUUAGCGAUAGCGGCGCUGAGCAUAGUCCAAAGUUCGCGCGGGGUACGUUCGGACCCCAGUCACGAGUUGUAGGAUUAAAUUCGAUAAUACUUUGCAUAAAAACGAGUUUAUUUCUUCGACAGACUCAAAAUUUCAAUGUUAUUUUCGAAAUUCCCUGACUUUACCCUGCUGUGAGAAAUUCCUCGAGUUUUCCCGGUUUUCGAGGUUUUCCCUGUGCGUACGAACCCUGUCAGAAG